AUGACGCGUCCCGGCUCACACAACGACACGUACGCCGAGUCCUUCCAUAGAAGCUUCUUCUCUGACUGGCAGGAACUCAGACCUACGUCCUCUAGAGAGGUUCUGGAGUUUGCGGAGCAGCGCUCCAAAUGCAUGUUGAGCACAUCCCAUGCUGACAGUCAGCUAAAUGCUAUAGGAUGUCUUCCCAUGGCCAUUCCCUUUGUCCUGCUGUCUGCCACAGCCAAUGAGGAGGAAGCAGUUUCUGCAGCGGUGGAGUUUGUGAAGCUCACUCAUCCUCAUCCAGCGCUGGAGCCGCUGGUGUCUCUGUACAUGCGAGCGCUUCACGCCACACUGAACGGAGCAUGUCUGAAACAACAGGCGGAGACGGCGCUCAAAUCACCCGUGCUGGACACCUGGGACGUGUGUCAACACUUUAUACAGUGCACAGAGAGGAUUCCAGGAUCAUCAGUGGAGCGUCUGAAGGUUCAUCAGAGCGCUGUGGAGACUCUCGGAAUCGCCUGCUACACACAAGGAGCUCUCAGCAGUCUCUUCUACCUGGCCUACAACUUUCAUAAUGACGUGACGGGGGGAAUCCUGACCAACACCAACUGUGGAGGUGAGAACUGUAACCGUGGGGCAGCGUUAGGGGCUCUUCUCGGGGCCCGGGCGGUGUAUCUCGGCUCAGUCGUACCACAGGAGUGGAAGGACGGGCUGGUUGAAGCUCAGGGGCGAAUCACUGACAUCCUGCAGGAGCUGAACAGAUCCACAUCAGUCUGAUGUUCUUCUGCUUGUGAACUUCCUCCUGCACUGCUGUGAUGUUUAGCCCUUCUCUUGACUCUUCAUAUGUCUUUCUGUCUGCUGUGUUUAUUCACACACACACACACACACACACACACACACACACUCAAGCAUGUUCUGCUGCCACAGGAAACGGUGCCCACAGAUGUGGUUUCCAGCCUGCACUGUGGAAGACUUUCCUCUCGUCUGUAUACCUUCAGUCACACUGUGACCUACUUGCAUAAUUCUCAUAUUAGAACUUCAUCUGUUAUAGAUUGAGUAAAUGUUAAUCAGAUAGUUCAUGCUUUAAAGAUUCUUAUUAGAAUGUGUUUGAGACAUAAACUUACAAGCUGAUGUAUUGCAGAACAUGUGAUUGCAGAAGUGGCAUACUAAACGCUCUUGAGGACACUCAUUUCAGAGUUUGAAACAAAAAUAUAUAAUAUAAAUCUAAUAUAUAAAUAUAAUAUUUUUCUUUUCUUGUUUUUAACUAUUUGAUCCUAAAUGCUUGCAUAAAAACUGGCCAUGAUUUGAAUUGGAUAAUUUGGUGAUAUAAAUGUGGUGACUUAAGUGUAGUUUUUAGUUUCUAGUUUUAUCUAGUUUGUAAUUAUGUAACUUUUUAAAUAAUGCAUUAUGAUUUAACUUCAUUUUACUGA